AUGUCUCCGAAUGAGGCUUCAACAGGCUCAAGAAAGGUGUAUGGCAAACUAAACAAGCUACCAUCCAUCUCAGAAGGCUCCCGUGUCGAAAAGCGCCCCUUGACCAGGCGCCAGCCUCCAGCAUCGUCCAAGUCCCGCAUCAUCUACGUGUCUUCAAAAACACCGUUUAUGGCCGCUGUCAAGCGCGCUCGUAAACAACUAGAUGCCUCACUAAAGACUACAGACGCGGCACCCAAGUACGCGUCUCUGCACUCACGCGUGGAGAAUCUUAAGAAGACUGCCGACGGAGCUGUGGAGAGCGCUGUUGUGACAGUCAUGGGUACCGGAAAGGCUAUUGAGAAGACCCUUGCAGUUGCAGGGUGGUUUGAGCAGGAGGGUGACUGUGAGGUUGAGAUCAAAACAGGCACCGUUGGUACGGUGGACGAUGUAGUGGCUGAGGGGGACGAGGAGGACGAGACUCGCUUGAGGAAACUCGGGUGCUUGGAGGUGCGGAUUAAGCUCAAGUGA